AUGAAAAUGAUGAAUUUGGUAGCGUUGGGUGGCUCUAAGAUGGCCCUUGGAGAGCUGUACAGCUACACCGAGGAGCCCGAGCUCAGCACCAACAGGAGAUGCUUCGAGGAGGAUUUUCACUCUCAAGUGCAGGGCAGGAGAUGGCUGGAGCUGGACGGGGCUCAGCAGAAGGCCUACGUCAUGCGCCUGCUGGAUGGGCUGGAGGUGGUCAACAGGGACAAGCGGCUCCAAGUAGCACGGGCCAUCCUCUACCUGGCACAGGGUGUCUUCGGAGACUGCGAUAAUGAAGGUGAUGUCUUGCACUGGUCUCGGCACAACAGCUUCCUCCUGUACCGGCUGGGAACGUUCACCGCCUUCCUGGAGCUCCUCAACAUGGAGAUUGACAACAGCCAGGCCUGCAGCAGCGCCCUGAGGAAGCCGGCCAUCUCGCUGGCCGACAGCACGGAGCUCAGGGUGCUGCUCAGUGUCAUGUACCUGAUGGUGGAGAACAUCCGUGUGGAGCAGGAGGCGGAUCCCCCCGAGUGGAAAACCUGCCGGGAGACCUUCAGGACGGAGCUGAGUUUCCCUGUGCACACUGACGAGCCGUUUGCUCUUCUGCUCUUCACGAUGGUGACCAAGUUCUGCAGUGGCCACGCUCCACACUUCCCCAUGAAGAAGGUCCUGCUCCUGCUCUGGAAGGUGCUCCUGUUUACGCUGGGUGGAUUUGAAGCCCUGCAGGCGAUGAAGGUGAGGAAGAGGGAGGAGCUGGGGCUGCCGCCCUUGCCGGAGGACAGCAUCCAGGUGAUGCGCAGCAUGCGCGCCGCUUCGCCUCCCACCUACUCCAUCGAGCUCGUGGAGCAGCAGCAGCAGAAGCGUGGUCACCGCAGCCGGAGGCCCCUGAUGAAGCAAGACAGUUUGGAUAUCUACAACGAGAGAGACCCCUUCAAGAACGACGAAGCGGGAGUCGACGAAGAGGAGAACGAUGACGUGGACAGCGGGAUCGAGGGGGAACUGGACCUGAUGGAGCGGGACGCGAUUAUGCCUGCGCUGCCUGCUCAGCGCCCGCCUAUCGAAAGGGUGUCGUUCCCCAAAGGGCUCCCCUGGGCCCCCAAAGUCAGACAGAAAGACAUCGAGCAUUUCCUGGAAGCAAGCAGGAACAAAUUCAUCGGAUUCACGCUGGGACAAGACACCGAAACCCUGAUAGGGCUGCCACGGCCCAUCCAUGAAAGUGUGAAGACGCUGAAGCAGCACAAGUACGUUUCCAUCUCAGAUGUCCAGAUCAAGAACGAGGAGGAGCUGGAGAAGUGCCCCAUGUCUCUGGGGGAAGAGGAAGUCCAAGAAACCCCUUGUGAGAUCUUGUAUCGAGCAAUGUUGUACAAUCUCCCCCAGUAUAUGAUAGCUUUGCUGAAGAUCCUCCUUGCUGCAGCGCCCACCUCCAAAGCCAAGACCGACUCCAUCAACAUCCUGGCAGACGUGUUGCCUGAAGAGAUGCCAAUCACCGUUCUUCAGAGCAUGAAACUAGGGAUUGACGUGAACAGGCACAAAGAGAUCAUUGUGAAGAGCAUCUCGGCUUCGCUGCUGCUGCUCCUCAAGCACUUCAAGCUGAACCACAUCUACCAGUUUGAGUACGUGUCCCAGCAUUUGGUGUUUGCCAACUGCAUCCCGCUGAUCCUGAAGUUCUUCAACCAAAACAUCAUGUCUUAUAUCACUGCCAAAAACAGCAUCUCCGUCCUGGAUUAUCCGCACUGUACAGUCUAUGAUCUGCCCGAGCUCACUGCAGAAAGCCUGGAGGCCGGAGACAACAACCAGUUCUGCUGGAGGAAUUUAUUCUCCUGCAUUAACUUGCUGAGGAUCCUCAACAAGCUGACCAAGUGGAAACACUCGAGGACGAUGAUGCUGGUAGUCUUUAAGUCGGCCCCAAUACUGAAGCGAGCGCUGAAGGUGAAGCAGGCCAUGAUGCAGCUCUACGUCCUCAAGCUGUUGAAAAUCCAGACCAAAUACCUGGGGCGCCAGUGGAGAAAAAGCAACAUGAAAACCAUGUCUGCCAUUUACCAGAAGGUGCGGCACCGCAUGAACGAUGACUGGGCUUACGGCAACGAUAUCGAUGCCAGACCGUGGGAUUUCCAGGCUGAAGAAUGCACCCUGAGAGCCAACAUCGAAGCCUUCAACAGCCGGAGAUACGACAAACCUCAAGACUCGGAGUUUGCGCCGGUGGACAACUGCCUGCAGAGCGUGCUGGGCCAGCGGCUGGAGCUCCCCGAGGACUUCCACUACUCCUACGAACUCUGGCUGGAGCGGGAGGUGUUUUCCCAGCCCAUUCGCUGGGAGGAGCUGCUGCACUACCACUGA